AUGAGCGAGGCCAUUGUCGAGCUCACGGCGCGUGCGUACGAGAUCGCGCGCGCCAUCCCUCCUGGUCGCGUGACUAGCUAUGCUGGCAGGGUAUCCCGCGUACUCAAGCAGACAUGUCGGGAACGCGAUGAAGGCGCUGUCGCCCAACUCAACAGUGCCGUGGCAGCGAAGGGCGUACUCUCUCCACGAGGAGACAGCGGCCUUGGUGUCGCACGUCAGCGUGAGCGCCUUGAGGCCGAGGGCGUCACGGUCGAGACUGUUGGAGGCGAGGAGCGCGUCAACCUCCGCGAGUUUGGAUGGUUCCCGGAACGCGGGAAUCGGACGUUGGACGAGUGGCUCGAGGACGUCCGAGGCCCGCAGGCCGAAUCUGAUGGCGACGAUCAGUGA